CUCUAGUCUGAAAAUCACUGUUUACCAAAUGCAAGUUUUAUAAGAUAACAGAAUAGUUUUAUUAUUUAAUAUUUUAUUAAGAUAUAUGCGGCUUUUUAAUACUGCUGUUGGUGAAAUUUAUUAGUUUAUUGGUGUGUUUUCAAAGUGAAAAUGGUUGAAGAUUUAAGUAAUAAAAAUGACAAUGACAUUCUAAAAUCAAACCCUAACGAAGAUUUGCCGGCAUUCCAAAAUAUUUUCGAGUUAUGGAGGGAUCCGCCAAUGGAAGAAGAUCCAGUUAUCGUACCGGAUAUUGCGGAACUCGUGACCCAACAAACCUUACCGGGCAUUUUAAAUGAUCUUUUUUACGCCGAAAUGAGAACUGCCGAGAUGACGAAUUUAGGAAACAUAUUAUUAGGUUAUAAUACUGAGUCCACACAAGACGAUUCACAAAUCGGACGUUUGUCACUGGCCCACGAGAAGUUGACGCAUAUGCCGAAAAUCGUGUGUGACGAAUUCGGACCGCACAUUAAAAUUUUAGACAUAACAAACAAUAGAUUCAAAAAUUUGGACUUUUUAGAACAUUUCCCGAAGCUCACCACCCUUAUAGCGGACAGAAACCCCAUAAACUCAACAGACACAAACAUACCGUGGCUACCAAAACUCGAAUUGCUCUAUUUAAACCACUGUAAAAUUGACGAGUUGUAUUGGGUCGAAACUUUACGAUACAACUGUCCCAAUUUAAAGUAUUUGUCCCUUAUGGGAAACCCCGUAGUUCCAUCAUUUAUGACUAGGGCCAACAUGUAUCAAUAUUUGCAAUAUAGAUUUUAUGUGAUAUCCGUAAUACCAAAUCUCAUACACCUUGACGAUAAGAAAAUAACAGAGGACGAGCGCAUUCAAGCGAAAAAUAUGUACCCCACACAGUUUGUUCAAAAUCUCUUUAAAGCUACCAGAGCGAGGUUUCCACACUACUUAAGGAGACUCACCGGUAGAAUGAACAAUUACUUUUCUAUUGUCCCCGGUAAGAAGAUCCAAAGGAACGUUGUUAUUUAGAAAUAUUUGUGUGUAUUAUUUCUUUAAUACUGAAUCUAUAGGAUGUGCUAAUUUUUAAAUAAAACAUGUUUUUUAAA